UUUUUUUUUUCCUUUCCUUCCAGCCAACCAGUGUUCGCAAGCCAGUCUUUCCGCGCUUGCUGAUUUCCCGUUCCGCUCCCCUGUGCACGCGACCCCCCUCCCGCCUCGCCUGGUUUUCACACACACCCCUUUUGUUGCUACACACACUGCGCGCAUAGCAUUUGAAUGACGAGGACGACUUCCGCAGUGCUGCUGGCGCUGGCCUUGGCGCUGUGUUGGAUGACAGCAGGCGCAGCUCCCACGCCCGCCACUGCCAACACCAACACCAACGACGACGCUACUGCUGAAUCUGCGACCAGCUACGAUGCAUGCGCCAACCCAAUUGUGCUUGUCACUGGGCUCGGCGGCUGCGUGCUCGACUUCCUGCUCACCGACGAGUACAAGCACCUGCACUACGAGUGCUCGCUCGUCUUCUCGCGCAACAAGUGGAGCAGCGGUCUCGUCCGCCUCUGGCCCGCCAUCGAGGCCGUCGAUGCUAUUCCGCCGUACCAUCUCCGCGCUUGCUGGGAGGACAUGAUGGCUGUGCAUUACAAUGAAACAACGGGCCGAUUCGCCAACACUCCCGGCGUGCAGGUCCGCCCGCGCGAUUACGGCGGCGUGACUGGCGUCGACAAUCUGUUUGACAUCGAGUCCAACUGGGGCCCCGGCAUGUCUGCCGUGUACGAAAAGCUCAUCAAGCAGCUCAAGGUCACGCCCGGAUACGAGGUUGGCAAGAACAUUCGCGGCGCUCCGUUCGACUUCCGCCUGGUGGCCGACGACAUUGAGCUCGCGUCCAUGUUCACCGACCUGAAGAAUUUGAUUGAGGAGACGUACAACAUGACACGUGCCUGCAGCGCGGGCCCCCGCCGCGUCCAUGUCAUGACCCACUCGCUGGGCGGCUCGUACUGGCUGUACUUUUUGAACACGUUUGUCGACCGCGCGUGGAAGGACCAGUACAUUCGCUUCACGCUGGCCGUGUCGUCGCCCUGGCAGGGUGCCGGCAAGGCCUAUCGCACGCUGAUUUCGGGCGACGACGAAGGUCUGCCCGGCGGCAACAUCAUGUUCCUGCCUGUCGAGCAGCUCAUGGGCGGCUUGCUCUGGAUGAUUCCCUUCUCCAACUUUUUCGGAACCAAGACGUUCAUCCAGUAUGCCGACACUGGCGCCUCCUUCUCGUCCAAUGCCUCCGACGUUGCCAGGCUCUUUGACUCGAUGCCCGGCACGCUGCGACCUCUCGUGCCUUUCAUUAUCAGCAAGAUUGUCGAGCCACGGUCGCUGACCGUUGCCGCCCCAGAGACCGACAUUUACUGCAUCCACGGCUCUGGAGUCGUGACUGAGAGCUUCUACGUCUACCAAUCGGCCAACCAGACCAACACCAACCCGGCCGAAUAUCGCGAAGACGCUGUCAUCAACGGCACCACGUAUCUCGCCCCCAACCCAGCCCUGCUCUUCCCUCUCGACAAGUCCUCGCCCUUCUACGUGGAUCCCAACCAAGGAGACGGCACAGUUGAGUUGCCCAGUCUUCAGUACUGCCGCAACUGGAUUGGCAAGAACGGCGGCAAGCAAAUGGUUGAAGUUGACGUCGCUGGUCAAGAGCAUCUUGGCAUCUUGAGCUCCGCUGCCUUCUUGAAUGAUGUCAUGCCGCUGAUUCUCGCGCCAUGAGGUUGUUUCGUUUCGAUCGAGUGCUUUGAUCAGACGAGCAGCACUUUUUGCUUUUGUUCUUUUUCCCCGUUUCGAGUUUGUCUCUCUCUCUCUCUCUCUUUUGUCUGUGUUUUCUUUGUGUGCCUGUGCGUAUGUGUAUGUGUUCCCCUGAGUGAUGUGUAAUUUCAUUAUUGCUGUUGGA